ACGUGUGCUUACAGUCUCCCCCUAUAUCAUCCGGUCCAGAUGUGCGCUCCCAGUUACAGACAACUCACUUUCAGAGCAGACUGUCACUUCUGGGCUCCAGAUUCUAAUCAAUUGCAGACAUGCAUGCAAAAUACGCAGUCGCACUGAUCCUGGCUCUGCAGGUCUCCAUGAGCCUGUGUGAAGUUCCCCAACCUGAUCAGGAGCUGGUGAAAAAAUACGAAGCCUACAGAACUACAUUCUACAAAAGGCUGCUGAACGCUUACGGCAAGCUGCAGGCGGCCAUUGCUCCCGUCAUUGAGAAAAUCGGUGAUGACCAGCACGUCAUGGAGGACAUGCAGGCCAACCCUCAGGUCCAAGCCAUCGCUAAAGUCGCCAAAGGAAUGGCUGAGGAGAUUAACCCACUGGUGGAGAAAGCCCGUAUGGCUGCUCUGGGUGUGUACGGACACUACCUUCGCCCUCACAUUGGCCAGUACCUGAGCGACUCCAUCGACCAAAUCAAGAUCUACCUGGACAAGUUCAUGCCCGCCCAAUAAAGAGCGCAUCACACUUGCUGCAACUCGGCAUCGAUCACACAGCGCCUUCAAAGCCCAGGAGAGCAAAGAGCAUCGUCUUGUAUUCAUGUGGCGAGGCAGCAUAAACUCGCCAGCGCCGCCUACACUAAAUGUACUCAGCAUGUGCAAUGUGUUGUGUUUGGUACACUAACUGUAGUCUUUGUACGAUUGUGUAUGUUUGUAUGUGUGAAUGUGUUCAAUAAAAUGAACUGGAAUGAAA